GGGAUCCAUCAGUGACCUCAUGACGAAGCCUUCCGAAGGCACCGGACAGUUGCAACUUGCUGCGGUCCGUCAGCCUGACGAUGCAUCAGUUGGAACCCUGAUUAGUCGGCAACAGCUUUUUCUUCCUUUUGGAAGACAAAUAAAUAAGAAGUCACUCUUGUCGCAAACGUUACCUUCAUAAAGUUUUCGUCUCAAGGCAUCAACGACAUACGACGACCCAAUCCCUCGGAUUUCUCUCCCUCCCGUUCCUCAACAAUUCCUUUCCUUUGGGCCCGUCUCGUUGCGGAAGUGUCAUCUCAUCCCUCUUUUACAUCAAACUACCUUACACCAGAACUACAACUGUGGGACAAGCAACAUCAUUGCCAACAUCGAGACAAACUAAGAUGGCCAAACAUCAGUUACAGCGGCUGCAGUCGCCGUCCCGUACAGCGUCUCUGUUGCUGCACGUCACCGGCAUCGUUUCGUUCAUCGCAUCCUUCAACUUCCUGAACGGACUCACUCACGACAUCUCCAUGGGUUUCGGAGGAAACUACCAGCAUCUCACCAACAUCGGACUGAUUCUGUCGUUUGUGACGUUUGUGAUAGGGCUGCUGGCCGAUAUUACCCUCAGCCCUUCAUUGUUUGCUGUAAAGAACGCCCUGUCGACUACGGCAGCACCGCUUGAGGUGCUCAUCAGCAUCUUGUACUGGGGAAUCCGCUCCAUCGACAAGCGAUUGUUGAUUCCCGAGGGAUUCGAACUUCACUGGCUACCGGACGUUGGAUUCCAUCUGGUCCCUGCUGUGGUCCUGUCUCUGGACCUAAUUCUGUUCAGCCCGCCAUGGACGAUUCGCGCGUACUCGGCCAUGGCCAUUAGUAUGAUCUUUGCUUUCCUGUACUGGGGCUGGGUCGAGCUGUGCUUCAGCAGAAACGGAUGGUACCCUUACCCUAUUUUCGAUGUCCUCAACACCGUACAGCGCGUGGGGUUGUUCACUUUCUCAGCCGCACUGAUGACCGCGAGUACCAGUCUUUUGAAGUGGGUGUAUGGCCGAUUUAACGGCUAUGUGGAGAUGGAGAAGGAGGCUUACAAGCCCCUGAAAAAGACGAUCUAGACUUUGGUGGAAGGUGGUGUGUUGUAGAUUUUGGCUAAAGGUUCGUGGGGUUCCAAGCGACAUCGGUGAUGUUCGAUACAGAUUUUGAAGUAUUUGGAGUAAUAGAUUGAAUGUGGUUAGGAUACAUGUCAAACUAGGGCGCCUUCGGAAUAGAAGCAAGGUACCAUACCUUACCAUGUGCUCCAAAUAUUCGUCACCGAUAGGUUGGAGGAGAAGAAGUCGAGGGCAUCCCACCUCCGGGAAUGUCUGUCAAAGUCGACGUAGCACUGACUGCAGUCUGCAGUGGAAAUGCCCGUUCUUCGGUGCUGUCGCGGGCAUUUUGCAGGCGGUGAGACCCAUCUUGUGGCGCCAUUUGAGGCCGGCUGGACAGAUCCACAGGGGGCAACCCUCACGUCACGGUCAUAAUUCAGCGAGAAAGACGCGGCAAGGAUACCCCUCACUGUUGGUCCAUUGGUUCACUGGUGGCAAGUUUGCCUGCGCUUGCAUGGGCGG